AUGGACUUUCAAGUACUACCCAUCAAUGUUGAUUAUGCCAGUGCGCUCUCCAACGUGGCAAAAAGACUAUUCAUGGAGACGUAUGAUUUAAAUGACAAGCCAUUGCCUGCCUAUGCGGAAGAAUACCUGAAUUCUAGCUUUGCAAUUGAUGUACAAACCGAAGAAUUGAACGAUACACGCAUGUUUACGUACAUGGCAUUCGAGAAACGAGGUGGAGACGACGCUACUACGCCUAUAGCUUACUGCCAACUCCGAGACCACAAGCAUGAGAACAAUGAUGUGAUUGAUGAUCCUGAUGCAUUAGAGCUCAAACGACUUUACAUUGACCAACGUUAUCAUGGUGUCGGCAUUGGUAAAAGGCUCAUACUUCAAUCCGUUGCCAAGGCAAAAGAGCUGGGCAAAAAGACGAUUUGGCUCUAUGUUUGGGAGAACAAUGCCAAUGCAAUUGGGUUCUAUGAACGACAAGGUUUUCACAAGGUUGGCACGCGUCAUUUUAAAUUGGGUGAAUUCGAUGCUGUAAACUACAUUAUGAUAAAGCAUGUAGAAUAG